AUGUUUGACUGUAUCAGUUGUCCAGAAGAUGAGUAUCCAAGUGAGGAGAAAGAUGGAUGUCUGCCGAAGUCAAUACAUUUUCUGUCUUACGAGGAACCAUUAGGAGUUAGUUUGGCUUCUUUCGCCAUGUCCUUUUUCUUGGUCACAGCUUUGGUUCUAUCCACCUUUGUCAAGAACAAAGACAGCCCCAUAGUCAAGGCCAACAACAGAGAUAUCACCUAUGCUCUUCUGGCCUCCCUCUCCCUCUGCUUCCUCUGCUCUUUGCUGUUCCUCGGGAAACCAAGCAAAGUGACCUGCCUCCUCCGGCAAUCUGCUUUCGGCAUCAUUUUCACAGUGGCUGUUUCCUGCAUCUUGGCCAAAACCGUCACUGUGGUGGUAGCUUUCAUGGCCACCAAACCGGGAUCCAACAUGAGGAAAUGGGUGGGGAAAAGACUGACCAACUCUGUGGUCCUUUCCUGUUCCUUCAUUCAAGCUGGGAUUUGUCUUGUCUGGUUAGGAACCUCUCCCCCAUUUCCAGACAUUGACACACAGUCAUUGACUAGAGAAAUCAUUGCAGAAUGCAAUGAAGGGUCUGUCAUCAUGUUCUACAUUGUCCUGGGCUACAUGGGACUUCUGUCCCUCAUCACCUUGACUGUGGCUUUCCUAGCCAGGAAGUUGCCAGACAGUUUCAAUGAGGCCAAGUUCAUCACCUUCAGCAUGCUGGUGUUUUGCAGCGUCUGGGUGUCUUUUCUGCCAGCCUACCUAAGCACCAAAGGAAAAUACAUGGUGGCUGUGGAGAUCUUCUCCAUCUUGGCCUCUAGUGCAGGAUUGCUGGGUUGUAUCUUUUCCCCAAAGUGCUACAUUAUUCUGCUGAGGCCAGAGCUGAACAACAGGAAGCAGCUAAUAAAGAGAAGUAAAUGAACAUUCCCAGAAAAUUUGUAUUUUUAAUGGUUUCCACCAGACACCACCCCUUUUUUGAUAGAUUGCUUGGUUAUGCUGUAAUGUAAUAUAUCCAAAGCAAACUAAAGUCAUAUUUGACCCAUUUAUAUAAAAGGAGGAAUGGGGGAAGGAUUUAUUAAGUAUGCAUGGGAUCUUUCAGAGCGUGCUCUUUCAACUUUCAAUAGCAGGGGGGAUAGGUUGACCAUGUGCCCACUUAUGGCAGGAGAACUCCAAUUGAUUGUUUAGA